AUGGCGGAAUCAAGCCAUCCCCAAGACGGUAAACUUUGCGACUUUCUCAGCGGCCACGACAAAGAAGAGACGAGGCCAAUCAUCGAGAGUAUGGAGAAACAGAUUGACCUCAGACACGAGACUACUUCCAAUUUUCCAGAGUCCUCGUCUCCCCUCGAAAAUCAGACUGGUUUCGAUCUUUCAAAGGCCUCUCCUCAUCUCCAAGAUGAGACCGCUCCCGAUUCUCUGGAGUCCCCGUCUUACCUCAAAGAUGAGAGUGUGUCUGAUCCUCCAAUGGCUUUCUCCAAUCUGGAAGAUGAGAUCGAUUCUGAUCCUCUGAAAUCCUCUUCGCACUUGGAAAACGAGGCGGCUCCCGAUAUUCCCAAGUCCCCUUCUCACCUCGAAAACCUGCCCGCUGAGCUCCGAUUUCUUGUCCUUUCAUGGAUGCCCGACCUGCCAACACUUCACAGUCUCGUACACGCAUCUCCCGUGCUGCAUGCGCAAUAUCGAGAGCACCGCGACACCCUUCUUCUCACCUGCUUGAGUAGGGAGCUUGACGGAUAUUAUGUUGAUGCCUACGCCACUCUGAUGUCUCGGGUAGCAGUACUCGGACGUCGGCGAACAGACGAACUAUGCGAAGAAUUCCUCCUUAAGAAUUACGACGUCUACUUAUCGGGGUCAAAGCACACCAAGGACCUCACUAGACCCAGUGGUGGGCAGAUUCGCUGGAUGGCGGCCUUCCACGACUCUGUAGCUCGACCCAUUGCUCGUCUUUAUGCGAAGUGGGCGCUGGAGAAUCUCUGCAAGGCGGCUGCGUCAGAAACGUCUUCUAUUUCAUCAAGUGUCAGUAUGGAGGACGCGAUGAGUCUGACCCGAAGCGAAGAGAUACGCGUGUAUAGGGCCAUCUACCGCUUCGAGACGUAUUGUCACCUAUUUGGCCAUAACAAGGGCACGCGGGUCUAUGGCUUCCGUGGUGAUAAGAUUUGUGACAUUUUUUUCGGCAUGUUUGACCCCUGGGAUGUAGAGGCUCUGGCUUCCAUCUACUCAUUCGUCAAACACAAGUACGAUGAGAUUUUCGAUGAGGUGAAGGAAGACGUUUCGGAUACCAACCCAAGAUUUCGGAAUCCAAGUUCAGGGUUGACACUAUUCGAUUCCUGGGAUCUUGUCACGCUACACGAUGAGAUCAUGAGCGGCACAGCUGCGCGAGGCCUCAGGCCUUUGAUGCGUCUGCUACUAAUCAAAGACCAUGAGGCACUGGUUGAAAAGACCAUCUCUACAUUUGCUACUGAUCGGGACAUUGACGAGUGUCUUGACGAAGUACUAGGGUGGGCAUCGCAACAUGAGAGACGGCUUACAUCGCCGCGAUUCCCAACAGCCAGGGACAAGCUCGAACGGAAGAAGGCUUCGAUGGAGUUUACAGGCGAUGGCGUGCCGCCCAUCUCACCGCCGCUGGCGUGGGUACUUUUAUGGAAUGGCAAAUACUCCAAUGUCUUUGGAGGUUUUGUGCCGGGUAUAUUGAGGGAAUGGGGUUAUGUCAUGUGGGAUGAGCAGCGGUGGAACAAUAUGGGAGCGAAGAACCUCGUAAAUGAACAGUGGAAAUUGCAUCCGGAAAGUCUGGUUGAGACCAUGGAGACCAUUGUUCACUGGGAUCCAAUUGGUGGCGCCGAGGGCGAAGAAUCAUCUCAACCACCCCACUAG